GACCAGAGUGGUCGCAUCUCUCGGUUCAGAUAUACACGCGCAGCGCAAGCCCCAGGUCCGCGGUUUUCCAUGAAAAUCGAGGAACGCGCGGCCCACCCGACGCUGGCCAACGCAACUGUACCAGCUGAAUCGCGCGUCGAUCGUCGACGGAAUAAUGCCGCCGCGAGUAUCGUUCCGUCAUCGGUGACGAACAACGAUCAUUUCGAACCACACGUUCCACGAUCGUUUCGCGACCACGGUGUGCACGUGCGACAUGAUCGCCCGGAGAAAGAACGUCCGCUGAAUCCAGCCUAUCGCUGGUGUGUCCAAGUCUCUACAGAGGGAAGUGCGUCCAGUUAACAGAGACGAUCGUACGACGCUCUGAGGCAGCACACGGUGAAGUCAUUGGAAGAGAGUUGACGCGGUGUGUCUACCACUUGGCGAACAGAAAAUCUUUUAUCUGUCGCGUCGCCGGCGGAUGUUGUUACAUCGACAGGCUUCGCGGAUCCAAGCAGCUGCAUUCGCCUCACAAUCGAACACGAAAUACGAUCGAAUGAACCAGUCGGGUUCAUGACUCGCUAAGGCAAUCGCUCGCUUAUUUUUUAUUGUUAUUCAUCGGCAGACGGCUUGGCUGUAGCUGGCACUCGCGAUACGUUAAACGUUCCACGACUGUUUACUCGGUGGGAUUUUAUGCGAAACGUUGACACGAGUAGGUCGAGUGGUUUUUGCUAGUGUGCGGGCGUGAAAGACGUAAAGAAAAACACUGAGAAGUGACACGCGUAUUUGAGAAUACGGUACCGAUCGCGGAUUCUGUGAAACGGUGGUAGCGAACAGGCUCGUGUGAGAGAAGGGUGAUGGUGAUUGGACUCGAAUGGUCGCUUCGCGUCGUAGAGCAGAGUAAGUUUCCACGAAGGACACAUGUUUGGUGGACGGUGUCGCGUCGUUUCCACUCGAGGCCAAAUAAUUCGGUGCUGGCUGGCUCGGUGACUGUACGUGUUCACGUUCGGUCUGCCAGGACCACGACCACGAGCACGACUAGGGCCACGGGGCUGCCCGAGGAGGUGCCGGUGCGUGGAGGGAAUAACCAGCCACGACGGAGCCCAGCGCCGGGGCACGGACAACAAGGCCCCCGGUGCAGGGAAGAAGCCAGGCAGAAGGGGAAACCGGGGCCAGCGUAGCAGCAACGGCCCUGAAACUACAGGGGAACCUAGCUACCCCCUUGCACAGGGGGGAAACCAGGAGGAGACCUCGCCGACGGAGGCGACGGAAAAAGAAGCGACGGAGGUGUGGCAUAACUUCGUUAGCAGGGUGGACAGAGGAACGGAACGUGUCUGGAGCGGCUUGGCGUUUUGAACGAAGGUACCACACCGAAGAAGAACUCUGAUUACCAUCUUAUUCCCCCCCCCCCCCCCUCGUGUACAAGUUUUAAACCUGCCCCCUAAAUUAUCCCCGCAGCUUGAUAACUCACGGUUCUGUAGUGCUCCAGUUUCUAGUUUUUCUUUCUAUAUCGAUGAGUCGAGUGUGAUAAACGGGCAAAGGAACGGGACAAGAGUAUUAAAGAGUAUACAUAAUUUGAUGAUACGCUAAGUGAUUCACGGUGAUGUUGGUGUGAUACAAAGAGUGUUGCGCGCGCGCGUGUUGUCCGAGAGUGAGUGUGAGGAGGGAGGAAUCGCGCCGGAGGGAGGUGAUACUAUAUGUAUAAAUAAUAGAAAUUUAUUCAUGUAUAUGUAAGGACGUGUGCCAGUGUGUCCGUACGCAGGUAUUCGAGUACAAAGAAAGAAGAAGAAGAAGAAGAAAGGAAGAAAAGAAAUCCAACUAUUAAAAGUGAAGACAAAAAGGAACAUAUAGUUUGCCAGUACGAAGAGGAAAAGGAAGAAAGUAGGAGAGGAGAGGAGUAGCAGUAGGUGGAGAAUAAAUAGAAAACCCUGCCUAACGAUCAAAGACUAAGAAACGAAGAAGUGUGAGGACACGCAAGGGAAAAAAAAAGACCGAGGUGGCAUUAGAAGGUGGGCCAGGUGGGACAGUAGCAUGAGUUCGUACUUCGCGAAUUCGUACAUCCCGGACCUGCGUAAUGGCGGGGUGGAACACCCGCAUCAGCAUCAGCAGCACUACGGUGCCGCCGUCCAGGUGCCCCAGCAAACGCAGUCGGUACAGCAGCCAUCUCAGCAAACCGGGGAUCCAUGCGAUCCUAGUCUCCUACGUCAGGGAGUGCCUGGCCAUCACUAUGGGGCCGCUGGUAGCCAGCAAGAUAUGCCUUAUCCGAGGUUUCCUCCGUACAAUCGGAUGGACAUGCGGAACGCGACCUAUUAUCAGCAUCAACAGGAGCACGGCAGCAUGGACGGGUUGGGUGGUUACAGGUCGACGUCCCCGAGCCCCGGUAUGGGCCACAUGGGACACACACCGACCCCGAACGGACAUCCGUCCACUCCUAUUGUCUAUGCGAGUUGCAAGCUUCAAGCGGCCGCGGUCGAUCAUCAGGGUAGCGUACUCGAUGGACCGGACAGCCCGCCAUUGGUCGAGUCGCAGAUGCACCACCAAAUGCAUUCGCAACAUCCUCACAUGCAGCCGCAACAGUCACAACAUCAACAGCAGCAGCAGCAGCAUCAACAUCUUCAGGCGCAGCAGCAGCACAUGAUGUACCAACAGCAACAACAAACGCAGGCGGCGUCGCAACAAUCUCAGCCUGGCAUGCAUCCGCAACAACAACAGCAACCUCAGCAACACCAAGGGGUGGUCACGUCGCCGCUUAGUCAGCAACAGCAGGCCGCUCCUCAAGGUGCGGCCACUGCCAAUCUACCAAGUCCGCUCUACCCGUGGAUGAGAAGUCAAUUCGAGAGGAAACGAGGCCGGCAAACGUACACCCGAUACCAAACCCUCGAGCUGGAGAAGGAGUUCCACUUCAACCGAUACCUGACCAGGCGGCGGCGCAUCGAGAUCGCGCACGCACUCUGCCUGACGGAACGGCAAAUCAAAAUCUGGUUCCAAAACAGACGGAUGAAAUGGAAGAAGGAGAACAAGACGAAGGGCGAACCGGGCUCGGGCGACGGCGACACUGAAAUCUCGCCGCAGACAUCGCCGCAGGGUUGAGAGAUCCCCGAGGAGUGGAACUUCCAAAGAGGUCUCAUCUCUCUCAGGGUCGUUAAUACCUUGUUUCCAGCACUACCUCCUCCCCCUACACAUACAUACACAUAUAAACACAUCUGCCCCUACCAGCCCCGUCAGGUCCCCAUGCUAGCCCCGCCGCCCCCCCCCCCCCCAUGCAAGCCCCGAUACAUCUCCAAAUAUCAAAGCCCCCAAAACACCCACACGCCCAGCCCACCCCAAGCCAACCCACCAUCACCCCACUCAUACAGCAAUGACGCUUAUUUUGUCGUGUUAAUCAAGUUGCUCGUACCAAAAAAGGAGAGGACAACGUAAGAGGGAUAAACGGGAUAGAGACGAUCGUGGAAGAGAAAUGGACGUUGCCGACAGUGUGGAUAGAAGUGAAGACGUGAACAGAACGAUGACAAAGGGAUGAAAGGAUAAGGAGCGAGAUUGCGCGCGCCAGACAGAGCUGAAAAGAGAAGGAGAGGGUAGGAGAAGAGAAAGAGGGAAGGGAAUGCGAGAUAAGGCGAGGAGGUUCGAAUGGAAAAAAAGGUGCAGAGGGGACAUGGAACGAUGGAAGAGGAAGGAAAGGGAACCGGACGCACGAACGAGUCGGAUGAAGAUUUAUAGGGACGCGCGAUCUUCUAAUAAUCACGUAGUGGAAUGUCGAAGAAAACGGAGAAGAGCGAGAGGAAUUGGAUCGGAUCGGAGGAAAACUGGAUCACAUGCUAAUCAGAACCGCGUUAACCUCUAUUACAUUUAAUCGAAUGUAAUUGUACUAAAGCCUAUAAUGCUAGAGAUAAUUUGGCAGAGAAAGAACGACAGAGAGAGAGAGAGAGAGAGAGAAUGUGCGUGAGUGUGUGGUAAAAAAGGAGCGAGAAUGAGCGAGAAAGAGAGGAACAAAUAUAAGUACUUUAAAACGCGAGUGUCACGAAAGUUACGAAUCGGUCCUUGUAAUUGUAUAGUAGAGUAUGAAUGUGCGCCUGUGAAGACGUGUAAAGUGAUAUAUAUAUAUAUAUAUAUAUAUAUAUAUAUAUAUGUGUGUGUGUGUGUGUGUGUGUGUGUAUAUAUAUAUGUGUAUAUAUAUAUACAUAUAAAUAUAUAAAUAUAUAUAUAUAUAUAAAAGAAGCAAAGAGAGCGAAAGUGCGAGGUAUGCAAAUUUUAUCGAGCGAAUGAGAAUGAUGAGCGAUGACGAGCGAUAUGGUCGUACGGAUCCAGCGAUGGUGAAUGUUUCAUGGAUUAAACGUUGUAUUCGCGUGGAAAAAAAUUAUCCGUUAGGAAAACGUUUUAUUAUUUAUUCUCUUACACGUCGUACACGCGUAGAGUUCGUAGUGCGGUUAGGUCGUAAAAAGAAAGAAAACACUAGCGAAAAAGGACGGUCGUCCAGUCGUGUCUCUAUUUAGCGAGUAGAUGAACGGUUUAGUGUUCUUUAGAAGAUCGUUUAGAUAGGUUUUUCUCUAUAAUACCGCGGUGGCUCAGCGAGGGUUAUUUAGUAAUCGCGAACGUGCCAAGUGUGAUCUUCGAAUGUGUGUUUCUCCAGUGCCGGGAGGAUUCGAUAUGGAAAUGCGGAGACGAAGAGAGAACGGAACGCAGAGGAAGUUCCGGUAGAACGGCUGCACACUUAACGUUAUCUCUGGUUAAAGAACGAAGGUUGCGAAUGAAUUAAACAGAGAGGACGGAGCGAAGGAGAAAAAUCAAUGCGAUAUUCGAUUACGUUGUCGUGAAGCCAGUGAAAUAUCAGUGUGUGCUUGUAACGCAAUCCGUUGAAUUCCAGUGAUAUUACGGUGAUCCAUCGGAUCUGUCGAUUCGCCAGUAGUCUUGGCCAAUCACGAAUACGUCGAACGAAACGGGGGAUCCUUUUCUCCGGAAAGUGUGCUGAUCGAAUGAAUGAAAACAGUGCUGUAGGAGUGCGCAGGCCUCCGCCGGAGCAGAAUCCAAUCGACUUGACAUUUCUUCAUCAGUGUCGUCGUAAGGUCAGUUAAAAAAUUCUAUGCUUACUCGCACUUUAGUGUAUGUAUGUUUUUGUCCCGUCAUUAUUGCAAUUUUUUCCUCUUUAAGCGUUCCGUCAUUCUCUUCCAACUGUUUUUUCUUUUACAACUAUUAUCUCGAGUUUAUUCUUUCGAUCGCAUACUGCUUGAAGAACAUGUCAAAAUGAACCAUCUUUGUUUAUUCUCGUCGGGUGCGUAGCUAAAAGAUUACGGGUAAUAUAUCGCUGUGUAUUAUAAUUAUACAUUUUUUUUUUUGCAAGCAAAAAUACCGCGGCUACUUGAGUAAAAAGGUGUUUCCCAACAGUCCGGACCGAUUGUGUCAACAGACAAAUUAGCUUUCUUGUCAUAAAUAUAUUUUUUACUGCUUAUCUUAUAUUCAAGAUAUUCAAAUUGCAUUUCGAUUUAAAGGAGAGAUUUAUAAUGUUUACCAUUCGAAUACAUUACAAUAUACUUAAGAAAAUCGCGCAUUUUGUUGCAAACACCUUUCAUCAACGUAGAUGACGCGUCCGACUAUUUUAAAAAAAACGUUUUGCGUAUUUACGCAACAGUAUUUGCGUUCGCCUUGUAAAUAUUCGAAGCAACGGUGAAAAAAUGUAAUUCUUAUCAGAUAGAUCCUUGAUAGAACCAAAAUUCGAGGGAUCUUCAGGGGCGAGUGACCAUUAAAAAUUUACUACUGCUCCGCGAGAUACGAGGCCAAGUUACCAAGUGAUGUAAUUCGUAACAUAUUUUUGGAAUAGGAUGCUUUCGGCAUGAAACCGCUUGGCACCUUAACAGCGUUUCUAGGAAGCAGAGUUGUCGAUCGAAAACGUUAUCCUUAAUUCAAAGCAUCCAUCUUUCUUUCAAGUAAAAAAGAUAUUCAAAAAGAGCAGAAAAGUUUCUUCAAAAGACUGUACCCUUCAAGUUUACCGUAUGUUCAAUCAAAAUUUUCAUUCGUGCAUAUCUAAAGAAAUUAUUCUUCUGAAACAAAGAUACAACAUCAAAAUGGCUUUUUCGUUUAUUUGCAAGCAAGUAAAAAGAUUUUCAAAUGAAAUUUAAUAGACUUUUUAUCCUUUCAGUUUUGUUAUUAAUGCACGGUCACUAGUCACAUGUUUGAACGCAUGUCCAUUGUGACCCCAGUUUUCUUUCCUUGCAUGUUUGUUGAAAUGUAAAACGAGUCUAUUCAAAUCUUCGCGCCAAUAGAAACUGCGUUAAGUGUGCCAAGCAGUGGCCAAACGCACCAUCUGUCCGGGCCGGUCGAUAAAAAUGCUUGCGAUCGAUGACUGAUCGAUAACGCCGGAUUGUGACCUGGCCGAUGACAUCAUCGUGUCUACCUAUCGAGCCGAGGACACGUCGGAGAACUCUGCCGCGGCGAAUUCUUGUGCUGUGUUGUAAAACUUAGAUUGACAUAAUUUAGUUUAUACCUUGUAUACACGCAAUUUAAUGAUAUACGUAAUAAACGAUAAUUAACGAAUACGUAAUAAUGUAUAAACGAUGACGACGAUGAAAAGGCGGUAUUUAAAUGAAAUGGACAAAAACAGAAAACGAUAAAAAAAGAGAGGGGGAAGGUAAAGAAGAAUAUAAAUGUACAUAGGAGGAAAUAAUCUGGGGAUUUCGCGAAAUCUCGUUUACAUGUAGAUCGCACGGGUUCGAAGAAUGUUCCCGUGGGACGCGGAACGAUGUCCCGCGAACUUUCUUCCGGCCCGUCCUCGCAUUAAUGGGGAAAAAUAAAAAGGAGAAACGAUCAUGAAAAAGAAAAAAAAAUGGAAAAAAAAUUGGAGAUAUAUGAAACUGAUAUACGUAAUACAUGGUCCAGCUCGCGCACGCGCAUCGAUUGGGCACCGGCCGGCCUUUCUUUCUCGAGAGAUUUAUUUAUAUAUAACUUUUUGUCCUUGAGGAGCAACGAACUGUGAAAAACGGAAGAUCGUCGACGAUCGCUCGCUGUCUUUUGCGGACGGUUAUUCUUUUUUCGGGGGGAAGCGUGGAAACCCGUAUGUUUACGGUCAGAGGUCGUGAUUCUAAAUUGCUCGGGCAAAUUGGCGUCAAUUAAGCUCGAUAGCCCGUUGAGGGCCUCCGCGUCGUUGUCGGUAUAUAUGGGUUUUCGUGAAAGUUUUAACGAAAGAGGAACACUGGCGAUAAAUAACAAAUCUUUGAUUCUUGUUCUGAUCUACUUACCUCGAAUUAUUACAUGUCCUUUUUACCUUUAUGUCAUUUCAUUGUUCAAUUAUGUUCAGGUCAAGCAGUCGUGUAUAGUUUUGCGGGUUAGGAUAGGAUUAUCUUUGCCUUGUCGUUUACAUCGAAAGAUAUUUAUAAGAAGAUAUUUAUAUACACUAUUAUGUUUGUUAUUGCGUUUAACGCAAACUGUCGCACUUUAUUUGUUUAAUCAUUAAAUAUUUUCAAAACAUUUAUAGUAUAUGUGUAUGCAACUGUCAACCAUGAAUAUUUUUGUUUCGCCGUUUUCUCACCAGUAGCUCUGUCUGUCAAUCGAUAUCGAUUUCGAUUAGUUGUUCUUUGUCAUUCGAUUCAGUUUUCGACUCGCACGUCGCGUUGGUUAGCAAAUUUUCUUCCUUUCUUGUCGAAAAAUAAAGCGUCUCCUUCUGUGUUGUCGAUCACAAUGUUUGCGAUAAAUCGAUUAAUCUCAUAUCGUUUGGAUAUUGUUUUUGCGCGUUUCGCGGUAGAUAAGUGAGACAUGUGUUAAUUCUGACUGCAUUAAUCAGUGAUACCAUCUAUGUAGGCCAGGUAAUGGCCGGCAUUGAAGCGUAGGGUGCGGCUUUCGAGACAAAGGAGGUAUUUAUUACUCUUGCAUCAUAGUAUCAACUGUUACGACACGGUGGUCAACAGUGCAGGCGAAAUUUCACGCAUAAAUGCCUGCUUGACAAACCGUUUUCGCAGAGACUUCUCGCCGGGCACUACAUAGGUUAGCUACAUUAAUUCUCGUUGAAUGUUUAGUUGAUUGGCAAAAACACGUUCACAUUGUUGUGUCUCAAUUCAUGGUAGCAUAUGUUCAUAGCAGUAGGUCAAAUCAAUCGAUCAGAAAUUUUCUUAUUACCGUUCUUGCUUACUCAAGGUCCUGCUGGGUGUGUAGGAACAAGAAAAAUUUGUUUGGUCUUUAUUGGUAAAUUUAUCACCGGUAUUUCUCUUUCCAACGAUCAUUCGUGACACGUGGAAAAACAGAAUUGUGCAAUAAUUACGCGUCACCGUUCAACGCACGCAUUACUCAGAGUUCUAUAUUUAUUUAAUCACCCAUAGUUUAGGUAAAAUGCAAUUUUGGACGAAAGGGAUGAACACAAAGAUUUUUCUAAAAAAAAAAAAAAAAAAAAGAAAAGAAAAUCAGUGAACGUUAUGAAGUUUGUUACAUGCCGCGAGCGAUCGCCGUGAACGCCAGUUUAGCUUAAAGUGAAAAUUUUGUAUCCAUCGGAUAGCGAACACACACUACUACUUAGAGUAAAUAUAUAUGUAUAAAUGCGGCAAAAAAAGAGAGAUAAGGCGGAAAAGUGAAUUCCUAGCGUUAACUGGAAUGUGUAAAAUGCAAAUUAUAUAUUUUAUCUUUACUCUUAUAUAGUCGCGUAAAAAUUAAACAGAUAUACGUAAUUUAAACAAGAGUGAAAAAGAAAAAAAGAGAAGAAAGAUGCGAGAGUACCGUGAUUGUGUGUAGAGGUAAAGCGAAGAGGCAAGAGGAUUAAGUGGAGGGGAGUGAAGUUAGGAGGAAGAGAAAAAUAACGAUAGCAACAUGUGCGUACGUACGAAGUGAGUCACUAAGCUAGCGCUUAAUCGAUAAGGUUAACGUCUAAAGCCUAAGUCUUAAGAUGAUAAUUAAAUAGAAUUAAGGAAACGGGCAUAUCGGUUGCAGCGGGCGGGGGCGGUGGUCAUGGAAAAAACGAAAGAAACAUCUGGUCGAAAAAGUACUUUCGGUCGCCGUUCUAUGUACCAUGGGCAAUGCGCAAUUAAGUAACUAGCGUGGGGUUUGCGAUCGUGUAUAUAGUCAGUGUCUAUUUGGGGAGCUCGCAGACUCCACCUAUCGGAUAGAGGAUUUAAAACGCUUGAUAAGAAAUAAGCAGCUUUUGGUAUCCUCCAUAUUAAUGUAGUAGUACCGCGUAAUAUUUAUUGUUACUAUAUUGCGUGUAGCAAAAUGGAUUUCCUUUUGUUUUUCAAUAAUCGCCCAAUAAAUAUUUUUUACUACAUAUAUCGUGCGUGAUUCAAUAAAAAUCUAUAUACGCUCUAAACAUUCGUUGUUAUUGUUUUAAUAUGAUAUUAACUUGUGAAAUUCGACUUUGAAUGUAUAUAUCUACGAUAGUACGAGGAAUACUGUUGGAUAUAUUUAUUAUAUAUUUUGAAGCUCAUUUUUCCACUGGCUUACAAUGUUCUCAAGUAGUUCGGUACGAAAAACUAUAUUAUAAUUGGUAAAUAAUUAUAAACCACGUCCUCGCACGCCCAUGCGCCGAAGAGUUCCUGACUACCUGUCAGUCUCCAGACAGGUGUCGUUAGUUUCGUAUACCUUUCUAGGUACUGUAUAUCUAUCAAAAUAUGUAAAGAGAAAGAGGAAGGGUAGUCCAUCGCCUCUCUACUUCAGUCAAAGCGAAAUCCAUUAUUCCGAGUGCUGUAACUUAAAAACGUUCAUCAUGCUGUACAAUUCAAUUAACCGUCUUUUAUACGAUACAAACGAAAACAUAAAAAAAAAGGACUGACAGCCAAAACGAAAACACAAUUAAAAAUGGAUUUACAACUUCAUAUCGGUAAAAUAGAGGAAAAUUUGCUACGCUCGAUAAGGACAUACGCGCCGUGAUAUCCCUAAACUUCUGUUCAAUUACGUCGCUUUAAUCGGUGUUUUUCUAUUGGUUUUAUUUUUGAAAAAGAUCGUUGUAUAGAAGUUGAGUACUUAUGCUUUCGCCCAGCGUCGUAUCGUCUGAAUAAAAAUGUCUGAAUUAAAUGUCGCGUUUAAAAAUCUGGCUCGACGACUCGCUCACUAUACAUUCAACGCAUUUGUAAAUAUACAGGUAAUUGUAAAGUAACGGGUAUUGCUUUUUUCGGCUGCAAUUUGAAAAGUCGUCGUCAUUGUUUCAGAAAAAAACUUUUUCCAAUUCAACGAAAAGUUUCCUAGAACGCGCGGUCUCAUUCGUAAUAAUUCCGCUGUGUGAAGACUGAUAGACCCGGUAACACGCGACGAAAACGGUGUUUUACACGAUAACAGUUUAAAACGUAUCCGAUUAAAAUAGUAUUGCGAGGUUCGUGUGCUACGAAUAGAAUUUCGUACAUGUCGAGGUCGUCGUUUAGAGAAUUGAUUCAAGGUUUUUACUUCUAAAAAAAAUUCUAUCGGGGAAGAAAAAAAAGAACAACAGUACUUAUCGAGGGUGGUCCGAUUUUUGUUGAAACGCGGCGAUGUAAGUCCUGUGUCACGGGCCACGCUGUUACAAGAGAAGCAUUGUAAAUAAUUCCACGCGAACGAAAUGGGCGCAUCGACGAGGUUUUUUUUAUCGGCGGGGCAAUGUGAAAGGCGACGUCUGACGUCGUGGCAUUGAAUCGCGAGCCGCGACCACUGUAUACGAUACCGCGUAGGUAAAGUAGGUACCUGUUUAAUAGACUAAAAGGAUUACAAAGUAAUGGUAGCAGAGAACUAAUUAAUUACUAUUUAUUGAUACGGUACUGUAACGAUAUACGAGCAACGCCAUGGCAUACGGACGAUUCGACCACCUCCGAUGGUCUGGUUGCCUGUAACCGUGACGAGGAAAAUAGAGUAAAAGGAUGACAAUAUUAUUAAGAGCUGCCACGUUGUCGUCCCCAGAUGUAUGUACUUGUGAUCGCUCCAGUGUGUAGAGCUCUUAUGCUUUGUUUUCAAUAAAAUCUCGAAAAACAAUGAACAUCACAUUUUGUAGAUAUCUAUUCCACAUUUGUAGAUUUCUCUGUAUCAUUAUCUGUAUUUAUAGAUAUCGAUACUUACGGAUACCUAUAUUCACAGAUUCAUCCGUGCAAGUAGUUCGUACCAAUGCGAUUUUAUGAAUAGAGCUUAAGAUAUCGUAGUACUGGAAUUAUGUGCGUCAUCUUCUUUUUGGCUACAUCGACUGCACACUCGAGCCAUCAGUGUUACGUGGACACAUUGCUCCGACCGAACCGGUGGAACAUUCAUGUACAUGUUAUAUUGUACAAGAACAUAUUACACACGUACACACACAACAACCGCGCACGGACGCACGUAUACACAUACGCAAGCAGUACACGCCCAACACACAAAAAAGACCGGGUACAACGCAUUCGUUUGAAGCGGGUACGCGCGAUGCGGAAGAAAAAAAAGAGAAACACAUUUAGAUAGGGGUGUGCCUACAGGCCGAAAAAUAUGUAGGCAACGCCACUUUACCGAAGUAUAAGUGGAAAAGAUGAUAUAAAUAAAAUAAAUCUAUAUAUAUAUAUAUAUAUAAAUUAUAUAUAUUUAAAUAUAAAUAUGAAAUAUAAAUAUAAAUAUAAAUAUAAUAGUAUUACGAAUUACGAUAAACGUAUAUAAUUAUUUUGUAGUGUCCUGCAUUAUGUAAACUAAAUGUACACAUGAGAGAAAAAAAAAUGUAUGUCAGCGAACGAUGUUGAUUAUAAUGAUAAUGAUGAUGAUAACGACGAUGACGACGAUGACGACGAUGACGGCGAUAAUGAUGGCGAUGAUGGUGACGACGAUUACGAUAAUAACGAUACGAUUGCAAUGACGAACGAUAUGCACGCGAAUGAACUAUGUAUUAUGAGUAAUGACAGCGACGAUGACGAUGGGAAACGAUAAUAGUAUUAUACGCUAUCAUGUCGACGAGUCUAAACCGUAUUGUAUUAUAUUAUAUAAGAGUCUGUCCAUAUUAAUAAUAAUUAUAUUAAUUAUAAUAGCUGUGUUUGAAAUCGAGAAAUAAAUUGUGGUUGAAUAUGAAAA